UACACGGAGACAGCAACUGAUAUUAGUAUACACACACCAUGUUAAUUACAAUUGCUGCGUCAUAUAUGUUUUAUUAUUAAGUGUACAAAAUAUUUAAAUGCCUCUGGUUGUUGUGAAGCACGCACACACAGUGCCCGCCCGCUUCCCUUUAUACUUUAUUUUAGCCUACGCUACGCUAACAACAUAGCCCGAACAACCCGGUGUAAGUACCGAGAUGCAGCCAAUGUGAUAAUUGGUUUUGGCAUCAAUUCAGUUGUAGUUGUCCCGGGAAUAUUAUUUUUUGCCUUUAGGUUGUUUCCUAUUUUAUAUUUAAUUGGAGAAACCUAGCAUCGUAUGUAUACGUGUCGCUAUAAUUAGCCUUUUCCCGUCUAAGAAACCACCACUUUAUGUCUUCAUAUGCGGCUGACCUGACUCGACCUUGUCUACAGAUAGCCAAAACUAGCUCAAUGCUAACCUGCCGUCACUGUGAUAGCUAGCUAAGCUAACUGUUUGUGUCUCCCAGAGAUCACUUUAUGUUCGCAUUUCCUCGACUGUUUUUGUUGCGUUCAUGAUGGAAGAUGAAGCUUUCACUGACAUUCGUGGCAAAGCGAUAUCUCUGGACUGUCAGAGUCACUCCGACUUUUGUAGAGAGUUCACUGUCAGCUCCCCCAAAGUGUCCAUCGGCAAGGUGAUGGUGUUCACCUGCUCUGUUUGGAUUGUGGCAUACGCCGUGUUCUUCUUCACAGAGAACACAGCUGUUCUGUCCAGUGCUAUAUUCAUCACCCUGGUCGGCAUGAUGCUUCACAUCCACUUUGUGAAGGUGGACCACGAGUCCCUGCUUGUCAUUGGCUCCUUAGGCAUUCAGGUGUCUGCCAGCUACGCCUCGGGCCGUGAGAGCACCACAUUCAUUGAGAUGAGCAAGAUCAAGGAUAUUGUCAUCAAUGAAGCUAUUUAUAUGCAUCAAAUCAUCUACUACCUUUGCGUACUGUUGAAGGACCCCUCAGACCCUAAUGCAGUGUCAAGUGUUGUGCCAUUGUUUCAGAGUUCAAAGCCAAGGCUGAACUGCUUGGUGAAAGUUUACAAAAGCUGUCAGGAGAUUCUUUCAAAGUGCUGAUGACACACGAGUCAUACAUUAGCAAUGUUUCUGGUCAUGCUGCAUGCAUUUAAUAUUUCUUUGCUUAAGUAAUGUUCUUUUCAAUGGAUGAAAGCAGGUAGUUUAAUAGUUGAUUUUGAUUUGACUUGAUGUACAUCUUCAUGUUUUUUCUUCCUUUUCUCACCUGUAUGAAUACACACGCAUAAUGUGAAUGUAAUGUAAGUGCUGCCACUUUUAAAGACCAAUAUUAGUGUCAUUACUGACUUUAUGUCUUACUUUGUUGUGUAGUUACUUGAAUUACUUUAUAGCACUGGUCCUAGACUACUUGUCUAAACCUAAAGAGCCAAACCUUUUAACUGACAUUGUAUUGAAAGAGAAAUUACCUUUUAACAAUUUUGCUUUUAUACUUAUUUAUGCAUUUAGAUUUGAAUUGACCGAUUAUGCCAAUUUCUGUAUUUUAUAAGCAUUACCACACUGUAUUUUUAAUUAAAAAUAAAUGUGAUAUAACAUUAAAAAAAUCAAUGUUGUUCUUAAAUGAUUUGCCAUCACUAGUAGGUAGUGUAUGUCUGCUGGUUAAUGUUUUUGAGGAGCUUUACUCUCCUUCUCCAGUAGGGGGCAGUACCACACUUAUUCAAGCUCAUAUUAAUCAAACUUUUAUUAAUUAGAUUCAUGAAUCAGUUGAGACAAAAGCACUUGAAAAAGAUGUACAGACAAUUUAUCCUAUUCUUUGUUUGUCGAUGGUGUCAAUUACAUAAGCAAACUGCUUUUGAAUUUACCCUGUAUGUACGCAGAAAGCUUUAGAAAAGACUUAUUAAAGGAGGUGUAUAAAUGUGUAGUGUCAGAUGUGCUGUAUGCACACUACAUUUCUAUAAAUAAACAUUCAUGCCUUCUUUGUCAAA